GCGGCAGCGGGAGCCAGCCGCCGCCCCUGCGCUCCGGGGCUGCGGGGCGCAUGGGGCGCGUGGAGCUGGGAACGCUCGCUGGCUGCGCACCCGGCCGCCUGCUGCGGUGAGACACGGCGCUGGACGCCCCCAGAGCCCGGGCAGUCUGGAGGAUGACCAUGGCUGGCGGCCGGCGGGGACUGGUGGCCCCGCAGAACACGUUUCUGGAGAACAUCGUGCGGCGGUCCAACGACACUAAUUUUGUGUUGGGGAAUGCCCAGAUUGUGGACUGGCCCAUCGUGUACAGCAAUGAUGGAUUCUGCAAGCUGUCUGGCUACCACCGGGCGGAAGUGAUGCAGAAGAGCAGCGCCUGCAGUUUUAUGUAUGGAGAGCUGACCGACAAGGACACGGUCGAAAAGGUUCGCCAGACCUUUGAGAACUACGAGAUGAAUUCCUUUGAAAUUCUGAUGUACAAGAAGAACAGGACACCUGUGUGGUUUUUUGUGAAGAUCGCUCCGAUCAGGAACGAACAGGAUAAAGUGGUCCUGUUCCUUUGCACGUUCAGUGACAUAACUGCCUUCAAGCAACCCAUCGAGGACGACUCCUGCAAAGGUUGGGGGAAGUUUGCCCGACUGACCAGAGCUCUGACAAGCAGCAGGGGCGUCCUGCAGCAGCUGGCCCCCAGUGUGCAGAAGGGGGAGAAUGUUCACAAGCACUCGCGCCUGGCAGAGGUCCUGCAGCUGGGUUCAGACAUCCUUCCCCAGUACAAGCAAGAGGCGCCAAAGACACCCCCUCACAUCAUCCUACACUACUGUGUCUUUAAGACCACGUGGGAUUGGAUCAUCUUGAUCCUGACCUUCUACACAGCCAUCCUGGUCCCUUACAAUGUCUCCUUUAAAACCAGGCAGAAUAAUGUGGCCUGGCUGGUGGUGGACAGCAUCGUGGACGUCAUCUUUUUGGUGGACAUUGUUUUGAAUUUCCAUACCACCUUUGUCGGGCCAGCGGGGGAGGUGAUCUCUGACCCCAAGCUUAUCCGCAUGAACUACCUGAAGACAUGGUUUGUGAUCGACCUCCUGUCCUGUUUGCCGUAUGACGUCAUCAACGCUUUUGAGAACGUGGAUGAGGGCAUCAGCAGCCUGUUCAGUUCUCUGAAAGUUGUGCGGCUGCUCCGUCUCGGGCGAGUGGCCCGCAAGCUGGACCAUUACAUCGAGUAUGGAGCCGCGGUACUGGUCCUGUUGGUGUGCGUGUUCGGGCUGGCUGCCCACUGGAUGGCCUGUAUCUGGUACAGCAUUGGGGACUAUGAGAUCUUUGAUGAAGACACCAAGACCAUCCGCAACAACAGCUGGCUCUACCAACUGGCAUUGGACAUUGGCACUCCAUACCAGUUUAAUGGAUCUGGUUCGGGGAAGUGGGAAGGCGGGCCAAGCAAGAACUCUGUCUACAUCUCCUCGCUGUACUUCACCAUGACAAGUCUCACCAGUGUGGGCUUUGGUAACAUUGCCCCAUCCACAGACAUCGAGAAGAUCUUCGCAGUGGCCAUCAUGAUGAUUGGCUCUCUUCUGUAUGCCACCAUCUUUGGGAACGUGACAACCAUUUUCCAGCAGAUGUACGCCAACACCAACAGGUAUCACGAGAUGCUCAACAGUGUCCGGGAUUUCCUGAAGCUCUACCAGGUCCCCAAAGGUCUGAGUGAGCGGGUCAUGGACUACAUUGUGUCCACCUGGUCCAUGUCCCGAGGCAUCGACACAGAGAAGGUCCUGCAGAUCUGCCCCAAGGACAUGCGAGCUGACAUUUGCGUGCACCUGAACCGCAAAGUGUUCAAAGAACACCCCGCCUUCCGGCUGGCCAGUGAUGGCUGCCUGCGGGCCUUGGCAAUGGAGUUCCAGACAGUGCACUGUGCCCCAGGGGACCUCAUCUAUCAUGCUGGGGAGAGCGUGGACAGCCUCUGCUUCGUGGUCUCAGGCUCCCUGGAGGUGAUCCAGGAUGACGAGGUCGUGGCCAUUCUAGGGAAAGGAGACGUGUUUGGGGAUGUUUUCUGGAAGGAGGCUACCCUUGCACAGUCCUGUGCUAAUGUCCGGGCCUUGACCUACUGUGACCUGCACGUGAUCAAGAGGGACGCCCUGCAGAAAGUGCUAGAAUUCUACACAGCCUUCUCCCACUCCUUCUCCCGGAACCUGAUUCUCACCUACAAUCUGAGGAAGAGGAUCGUGUUCCGGAAGAUCAGCGAUGUGAAGCGAGAAGAGGAGGAGAGGAUGAAGCGGAAGAACGAGGCCCCCCUUAUCCUGCCUCCUGACCACCCAGUCAGGAGACUCUUCCAAAGGUUCCGCCAGCAGAAAGAAGCCAGGCUGGCAGCCGAGAGAGGGGGCCGGGACCUGGAUGACCUGGAUGUAGAGAAGGGCAAUGCCCUCACGGAUCAUACCUCAGCCAACCACAGCCUGGUGAAAGCCAGUGUGGUCACGGUGCGUGAGAGCCCCGCCACGCCCGUGUCCUUCCAGGCAGCCCCCACCUCCACACUGUCAGAUCAUGCCAAGCUGCAGGCACCGGGAUCUGAGUGCCUCGGUCCCAAGGCAGUUAUUGGAGACCCUGCCAAGCGCAAAGGCUGGGCCCGCUUCAAAGAUGCCUGUGGGAAGGGUGAGGAUUGGAACAAGGUGUCCAAGGCGGAGUCCAUGGAGACGCUGCCUGAGAGGACAAAGGCACCAGGUGAGGCAACACUGAAGAAGACAGACUCCUGUGACAGUGGAAUCACCAAGAGCGACCUGCGCUUGGACAAUGUGGGCGAGGCCAGGAGCCCCCAGGACCGGAGCCCCAUCUUGGCUGAGGUCAAGCAUUCUUUUUACCCCAUCCCCGAGCAGACGCUGCAGGCCACAGUGCUGGAGGUGAAGCAUGAGCUGAAGGAGGACAUCAAGGCCUUGAAUGCCAAGAUGACCUCCAUUGAGAAGCAGCUGUCUGAGAUACUCAGGAUACUAAUGUCCAGAGGGUCCUCCCAGUCUCCUCAGGAGACGUGUGAGAUCUCCAGGCCCCAGUCCCCAGAGUCAGACAGAGACAUUUUUGGAGCCAGCUGAGAGGAUAUUUCAAAACAAACAAACAAACAAAAAUCAAAGACAAAAGCCUGCCCACCCCACCCCUGACACUCCCCACCACACCAAACACAUGACCAACAACUUUCAAACUGGGCUUUUUCAGACAGGAAGUCAAAGUUAGACCAAGUGGCUUAGGUGUACCUUGGUGGUCUCUGGAAAAUAUAAGAGAACAUGGCCAGGCACCCCAGCCUGCAAGAUGGCAGCUGCGUUGGGACAGCUGCUGACAGUUGUUGAAGAAGGGGCAUGCUGUCCAUCUAAAGAGCAGGUCCUCUAAUAUGUUUUACCGAUGCGAUAUUUGUAAAGGGUUAAAACUACCAGGAAAGGGCAGCAGCCAUGUAGACUGCUGGGAAAGCCCUGAGAACCUCUCAGAAAUAGACCACACCGGGCUUCUCUACCGAGACCCCUGAAGACCACAACAGGCACAGGGACUUCUGGGCAUUCACCACCACCCCGGGUAGCUGUGUCUGACAUUACCACCUGUUUUUCUACUUUGUCAUUUGUAACAAGCUUGUGAUAAGAACUUGACACACCGGAGAGUCUUUCUGCUCUGACAGGAGAGGCGGAGCAUCAGGUGCUGUGCCGUGGACACAUAGGCUGGGCCCCUCAGGUUUCCUUGCCCAGAAGAGCUGAGGCAAGAGUAAGGGCUGCAGAGAGCCGUCGGCUCUGAGUGGGCUCUGUUGCGUGGUCCCCAGCCUGCUCCAGUGGGUGGUUGUCGUGGAAGCUCCCAGACCCCAGGGACCCUCUGGAGCUGCACCAUCUUACAGGCCUCAUGACACAAGCUUCUCCUUCUCCCUCACUGACCUUUUCCCAAGCUUGUCCAUGGCUUUCCUCAGGGUGUAGGGCAUCGACAGGAAAAGGCAGGCGCCCAGCAUUGCUUUCCUAACAAAGCAGACACACAUACAACCUCAAAAAAAAAAAAUGAUUGUAGCAAGUACUAGGUUUCUAUUUUGAUUCUCGUGGGAAUUUCUGUCCAGUGCAUGGGGUCAUCAGAGGACACGUGGCAGCCACACGUAGCCUUAUUUGAAAGCCAACCUAUUUCCUACUCUAAAAAUAAUGGCAGGACCAUGAUUAUUCUCUCUUAGGGAGCUGGAGAAAAACAAUGAAGCAUUGGUUUUCAAAAUGUCUCAGUAAUAAAGCUGGGGGAUGUGACAGUGGAACUAUGGUCUGGGGGAAAGUGGGGGCCCAGAGCCAUGGUCACAGAGCCAUCUCUGUGCCAUCCAAAUUCCCACACCGUGGUGCUCAGGGACACUCAUGCCUCAAUCACUUGAGGACAGGUUGGUUGAUCUUUCAAUGGCAUCUGACAGGAGAGAGGAGCUGGCUCAGUUGCAUGCCUAGAGAGAUGUGUGUAUGGGGGGGGGGUGACUCUGCCAGUGAGCCUAGAAGCUCAGCUCUGCAGUGAGAUUUGAGAGAGCAGUUGGGACAGCAAGCGACACGGGCACCUUUGCUUAGCGUUGCUUGGCUGUUGUGAUUCAGAAUGUCAGGUUCCCCAGAGAAUUCAGCCUCUCUGGGGAUCCUGACAUUCGAGACCUGCCCUACCAAAGAUGCUCACUGUUCUGCUUGGUGGUCAUGGCGCAUGCUGAGACUUGAUACAUGGCUGGCUGUAAUGUUGCACAGCCCUGGGAAAUCAAGGGUGUGCACACAUGUAGCUUUUCACACGACGCUUAAGGACUGGCUUGUGGCAUCCCUAGACCAAGACAUGGCAGCCUUCAAAGACCACCCACUGGUGACCGUGGGUGAAGCUAAGCCUGCCAUCUCUUGAGCUGCUGCCGAAUACCACUUGGAGCAGAGACUGUUGAAGUACUGGAGUCCCAUCUGCCAGCUGCCCCUGAAUGUCUCACAAGGCCACUCCUCAUAUAGCCUGGUUCUAAAGUUUAGGAACUGCUCAGCUUAGGAAGUACGUGGUCAUGCAGCAUUCACCCUCAGAAGCACUUGCUCCUAGAGAUCUUUCUGGAACUCUCUAGGAUUUAAUGACCCUCUAGCAGCUUGUAGGCUAGGAGAACAGAGGCCUCAUUGCUCCUUGGCUGAGCUCUGUCUGAGGUGGCAGUGAGUCUCCUUAAGGUGUAUCUCCCGAUCUCCUUAGGGAUUCAGAUGGUGGGGUUUCAGGUAAGCUCACCUUUGUGACAGGCGACAGAAAAAGCUUCAGGCUGCUCUCUGGGGUCAGUGCACAUUAGGCUGAAGUUCCGUUAGACUGAGGUGCACACCCUGCAAGGGGUGUCUCUGUUCACCUUGGGGUUCUAGGUGUCUAGGGCUUCAGUUCCUACAGGCAAUAGUGAAGAACACCCGAGGGUGACUUUUAGUUUACCACAUUUCUAUAGCGGUUUUGCUAUGAUUGCCUUCUCUGAAACAAAAUAGAAAUGAGCCAACCCGUGUCUCUUUACUGUUAUGGCAUGCACUGGGCCGGAGGCAGGUCCCGAGCAAGGACCAACGGGACUCAGUUGCCCACAGCCUGCACCUUCCUGCUUUAGCCAUUAUCUGGUGGCUGAGGGGAGACUGGGAAACAAAGAGUUGUCAUGUGCAGACUGAACACCGAGAUAUCAGAUAAAUUACGCUGCGAGAUACUUUGCCCUUUUGAGGAGGAACGAACACAUAAUGUGGUGCACCACUGUCCAGUAAGUGCUGGCCACUUGGUCUCUCUAAACGAGCUACUGUGAAUGUCAUCCAUAGAGAAGUGCCAUUUCCCAGUGGCUAUCCUGGCAGGCAGCUUUGAUGGACUGCUCUCUUUCUGAGGGUGUGCAGCAGUAUGGGUAUCAGAACCAAAAUGGCAGUCAAUGUUCUGGCUUUGGUGGGCAUACUGCCUCAUCAGCCAUGCCAUCCCAGGGCAGUGGCAGGUCCUUCCACAGGGCAUGUGGCAGCCUUUGUGUUGUUGCUCUGAUCUCGGCAUGGCCAACCCCACUUCUCUGCUUACUGCUGGAGCAGGGCCCAAGUGUUCUGAGUCCCUGUUGCAGCAGCUUUCCACCAGGCUUGCUUUGGUUUUGGUGCUGGAGGUCAAAGUUAGGCCCUUGUCUAUACUAGGGAAGAGCUCUGCCAGUGAGUGGUACCUCUGGCUCCCCAGCAAGCUUCUGGAUACAGAUUUCCCCUGUCGAUCUCUUGUUAUCUGGUUUCGAGGCCCUAUUUCAGCCUCCACCUCUUAGAGUCUGUGCUGCUUCAAGAGCAAGGAUGGUUGGGCAAGGGGUAGAAACACUACCACCCUUCCAUCUGCAGUCUUCAGCCUCUGAAUCCUUCAGUGGAAGGAGAAAGUAUUGAGCCAAAUGCUGGAUGUAUCUAGGUUGGAACAGGGACUGAGUGAACUCUUCAGAAAUACCAGUCAGAGCCAGACAGACCUUCAUCUCUCUGUGACACUAUAUCACAGCUACACUCUGGGGCCUCUUGGGAGCCCUGGUGAAGGAACAAGUCAAUACGCACGCAAUUAAUUUUGUAUUUUGUUUUGCAAUAAAGAUGUUUAGCCUUAAGACCCUUGAGUGGAAGUCCAGCUGCCAUGGGGGUGCAGGUACCCCCUUUUACCCCAUCUUCUUGUGUGGCUUAGAAAAGAGGCCUGCCUACGUUCACUCUGGCCCUCGGAUGCCCUCUCCUACCUAAAUGUCCCUGUCGUCGUUGCUGCUUCAUGUACUGCCUUCUUACUCGCUUCAAUAAAAACCUAUCUUCACCAGCUCCUGGCCUCUCCACCUGGAGGAGUCCUCAGAGUCCUUGAAGCACUGACCCUAAGCUUCCAAGAAAGGACCAUUUCCCACCCAAGGUGUUGGUAUGGAGACACGUUCCUUGCCGCCUCUCAGCCUCUCACACAGUUCAAAGGAAUCAAUGUGAAUUUACCUGCAGCUUAAAGUGGGUCUCAAGUAAAAUGUCAGUCUUCACACUAGUGUAUCCGAACCUUUAAAGAAGGUCUUGAAUUCCUGUGGGUGCCAGACCUGGUGGCGGCAUCUCACCUGCCACUUGACCUUCCUGAGAGCUACUGACUCUUUACCUGUGACUUCUGAGUCACCCCAUCGAUCCCUUAGUCCUUGAGAAGUUCACAGCUCUCCUCUCAGAAGACAGACUGCUUCUUGGUAAGAACACAGCUCUCCACCCCACCCCCAUGAAUGUAGCCUCUUAAUAUUCAGACACUGGAUUUUGGCAUCAGUUGGAGACUGUCCGCAUCCAAGUUGCAAGGACAUUUAUACUCACACGCAGUUCGUCAUCCUGGGGCUUCUCAUACAAACACUCUCCAUCAAACCCUGCCAAAUCCUUUAUCGGGGUUUUGGUUUUUUUGGUUUUUGGUUUUUAUUUUUGUUUCUUUUCCCUCUGAAUGAGCAUGAAUAAACAGGUGCAAAUGAGCUGAGGCUAUUUUUGUGGUCAGCUGAGGAUGCUGCCAAGAGCUCCCCUGUGUGGCUGUGCGGAUGUGGAGAACAUGUGGGCACUCCAUGGAUGAUACCCCUUUCUUGACAUUUUUAAACAAGCACAAAUGAUAUUUGUAAAAAAAAAGUUUAAUUUUAUUUAUUAUGGUAAUAAACUAUUUUAUACGUGA